UGUUAAUAUCGUGUCACCAAAUACUUGAGAGUUAAGUAUAAAUUAAUAACAUAUAGUAUAGUAAGUAAUAUAGUAUUAUUGAGUUAAGGUUAAAUGAUAACGAUACUUCUUAAAGAUUAGCGCGGGCAUAUAAGGAGCUUCUGGCGUUCUAUCAGUGAUAAACUCAUGUGUACAUCACAGCUGAACGAUACAAGUUUUUUUAUGGAAUUAUUGUAAUGGAUGUUUACAUAACACACGUGAAACAUGACAAGUGAGGAUAUUCUUGAGACUGUUAUCGGUCGUUUUGGAAAAUAUCAAGUGGUGAUCUAUUUGCUGGUGACUGUGGGUCGGCUUCCGUCCGACUACCAAUUAUCUAACGUCGUUUUUCUUGUGCCAAACGUUGAAUAUGUCUGCAUGGAUGAAGGAGCGUACAAUUUAACCAACCAUUGUCCGUGCGAUAACCCGGUUUAUGAUACAAGUACUAUACACAGUUCUGUACCAACUACAUGGAAUCUCAUCUGUAACAAACGUCACCUUGGUAGCUUAUCUCAGUCAGUUUUACAAGCCGGAAUUCUGACUGGCAGUCUGGCUUAUGGGCAUAUUUCAGACAGGUAUGGACGCCGUCCAGCCAUUCUACUUGCAUUCGCAUCACAAUUAUUAUUUGUAUCAACGUCAGCUGUCGUCCCGUACCUGUGGAUGUUCAUCGUUUGCCGAUUUCUGAUAGGAAUUUCAUGUGGAGGAAGCUUAAUUUGUUGUUAUGUGAUGAUAAUGGAGCUCUCAGGGAAGACAUUCCGACCGUACCUGACAGGUUUAAUAGAAAUUGCCUAUACGUUAAGCUACGCGACACUUCCUGGAAUAGCGUAUUUCGUGAGAGAUUGGAACUAUCUCCAACUGUCCACAUCAUUGCCAUGGCUCUUUGUUUUGUUGUAUUAUAACUUCCUACCAGAAUCCCCUCGAUGGUUAAUUACGAUGGGAAGAAAAGAAGAGGCUGUAGAAGUUCUCACCUACAUUGCCAAAAAAAAUAAGAAUCCAACAGACAACAUUACAACUAUUGUCGAAAAAGAAGCCUUACAAUGUAGCAAAGUCCAAAACAAUGCUGGCUCUUAUUUGGAUCUAUUCAAGACGUCAAAGAUGAGAAGGUACACAUUAAUCAAUGGUGUAGUCUGGUUUUGCUGUUCCCACACAUUCUUCGGUAUAAACCAGUACAUUGGCCGUCUACCAGGCAAUAUAUAUGUUAAUGUGUUUAUAUCGGCCGUCAGCAUAGUACCAGGAUUGUUUCUGGUUGUUGUAGCAUCUCUGUACUGCAGUAGAAAAGUGUCGCUUGUACUUUCAUUCGCUGCUGCUGGACUUACUUUAUUGGUAUUUAUUUUCAUACCCAGUCAAAUGACAUAUACGAUUAUUGGUUUUGCCAUUCUCGGACAGAUGAUUAAUUACGUAUCAUUUGUUUUGAUAUAUCUGUAUACUUCUGAAGUAUUCCCAACUGUUGUAAGAAAUUCCGCUAUGGGAUUUGUGUCAAUGUGUGCCAGGAUAGGUGGAUUUAUUGCACCCUUCGUGGUGGAUAUUGAAGCAGCUCCGUGGGUUUCAGUUUUGAUAUUUAGUGCUGUAUCAUUUUUGGCCGGUUUUAUGUGCUUGCCUUUGCGAGAAACGAAAGGCAUAGUCCUUCUCAAUACGAUAGAAGAAAUUGAAAAGUAUCAUAAGAAAACAAAACCGGUGAGCUAGCAUAGAGUAGCAAUAACCUAUUAAUUUUAUCUCUCUUAAUUAGCUUAAUAUUAUGGUAAUAUUAGCUAAAAAUUAUAUAUAACUUAAAGCUAUUGUGUAUUUUAAGACGUCAUGUACGGAUACCGGCAAACAUCUUGAACAAAUGUCCUUGCCUGCGCAGAAGCGAUUUUUAGGUAUCACU